CUCGUACGUGGUGAGAGCAAAGGACAAGAGCAUUGAAACAUCAGUUUCUCGAUAUUCAGACGGAGACAUUUCGCGUUUUGUCGCGGCUCGCGGCAUCGGUCGACGGGUACGAUAUACACGCGCGAGAGUGGACGACGUGUCGCGCUGACGUUGCGCGGUGUAAACAAGGUGUACCUAAAAUACGCAUUCGUGUGCGCCGCACGGAGGAGGGAGAGCAAGGCAGGGGCAGCAGCGCGAGCCGUUUAUUAUUAUGGCGAUCGCACGCUUUUAGCUCGGUGAACAGCUGACGCGGCUGAUGUUUUUCCCGCGCGGUGUACCAUAACGCGUGUACACACGACACGCUCGUGAGAGCGCCGACGAGGUCCCGAACGGUGUGCACGGGGUCGGUCGACGGGGGUCUCGCCCCGGCGGGUCUUGCCUCGCUCCGCUUUUGUUGACAACACACACACGGUAGUCGCGGGUUCCCUCGCCGCGGGAAGAUGCGUAUUGACGUGUCCUAAUGACGUAAUUGGUCGAAGAGGCGAGACGGCCCUCGCGAAUGUCCACGUAUGUUUGUAAUGAGGCCACGCGUUUGAAACCUUCGCUUUCCUCCGGUCGCGAAGCUAUGAAGUCCAACGGGGCCGCCGUCGUGCUCCUGUCGCUGCUCCUGGCGUUGUUCCUCGUGAGCAGCUCCGCCGCGGAGCUGGAGACCGGCUCGAAGAAGCGCGGCGACAUCACGCAGAAGUCGAAUACGAACGAGGAGACGGAGGAGGAGGUCGCGAUCGAGGACAUGGAGAGCGCCUUCGAGCAGCUGCGCGAGCUUAGCGCGCUGCGGGACACGAUAAUGAAGCUCGUGCCGACGUCCGACCCGAUCUACGAGAAGAUCGGCAAGCAGACGGGCAGGAAGGAGGACGGGGAGGGCGGCAAGACGGAGGCCGCCAGCAAGGAGACCGUGGAGAAUCCGGGGACGAGAAACGUAUGGAUGAAGACUAUGAUAGCUCAAACGAAGGACACGGAUUCCUUGGUUCUGAAUGAGAGGCCGUUCGAUGAGGAGGAUCUGGAGUCCUGGGAAGUUCAGGAGCUGUACAUGCUCGACGAGGAGGUCAAAGAGCCAUUGUCGGCGGAACAGCAGGCAGCCGAGCAGUUGUUUAAGAAAGCGGAAGGUAUCAUAAAUGCGAUGCGCGCUAACAAACACGAGGGUUACAGACUGCUCGUCGAGGCGGCCAAGUUGGGCCAUCGAGAGGCCAGAUCUAUACUGGCGUGGGGGAGAUUACUCGGAACUCCUCUGGGCUCUCCUUCCCUGCGAGUAGCUAUUGACGAUAUACCUAAUAUAUUUCAAAUAUUCAAGGAGCUCGCAGAUACGGGACUCCCAUCUGCUCAUAUGGGAAUGGGAUUUUUAUAUGCGACUGGUAUUGGUGGCGUUAAUGCUUCUCAAGGAAAAGCUUUACUUCAUUAUACUGUAGCUGCUCUCGGUGGCGAUGUUCGCGCUCAAAUGGUAAUGGGAUAUCGUCACUGGGCGGGCGUAACGACACCGGCCUCUUGCGAGCGUGCGUUAGACUUUUAUCGGAAGGUAGCGAAGAAGGUCGCAGAGGAAGUCUCGCUGAGUGGCGGUCCGGUGGUACAACGGGUUCGUCUCUUGGACGAGCACGAGAACCCGGGCUACACGUCCGGAAUCUUCGAUCAAGAUUUAAUAGAGUACUAUCAAUUGUUGGCCAAGAAGGGCGACACUCAAGCGCAGGUCGGACUUGGACAGCUUCAUUAUCAAGGGGGUAGAGGAGUUCCUUUAGAUCACGAAAGAGCAGUGCAAUACUUUCAACAUGCUGCCAACGCCGGCAAUCCAGUAGCUAUGGCUUUCCUUGGAAAGAUUUAUUUAGAAGGAAGUGAAAUUGUUAAACAAGAUAAUGAAACGGCAUAUAAAUAUUUCAAAAAAGCUGCAGAGUUAGGCAACCCAGUGGGACAGAGUGGAUUGGGUCUGAUGUACUUAUACGGAAUGGGAGUGGAAAGAAACACCGCUAAAGCGCUGCAAUAUUUCAGUCAAGCUGCAGAACAAGGUUGGGUCGAUGGACAGUUGCAGUUAGGCAACAUGUAUUUCAGUGGCAUAGGCGUCAGGCGAGACUACAAAAUGGCAAAUAAGUAUUUUAAUUUAGCCAGUCAGUCCGGCCAUGUCCUAGCGUACUACAAUCUCGCUCAGAUGCACGCCACUGGCACUGGCAUGAUGAGAAGUUGCCCGACGGCCGUGGAAUUGAUGAAAAACGUUGCCGAACGAGGAAAAUGGAGCGACCAGUUGAUGGUGGCGCAUACCGAUUACAGAGAAGGCAGAGUGAACGAGGCGUUCCUCAAUUAUGCCUUGUUUUCCGAAAUGGGCUAUGAGGUUGCGCAGAGUAACGCGGCAUUCAUUUUGGACAGGGGAGAAACCGAUAUUUUAUCGGAAGAGGAAGGCUUAGUCCGAACUCUGGCGCUGUGGGCGCGAGCUGCCGCGCAAGGUUAUUCCGCUGCGCAGGUGAAACUUGGGGAUGCGCAUUACUACGGCAGAGGAACAAAAGUUGAUUACGAGGUUGCUGCGGGUCAUUACCGUUCGGCGUCCGAGCAACAACACAACGCUCAGGCGAUGUUCAAUCUGGGAUAUAUGCACGAGCGUGGUCUAGGUUUAGCUAAAGACCGACAUUUAGCCAAGCGGUGCUACGAUUUAGCCGCGGACGCCAGUCCCGACGCGCGAAUACCUGUAGCCCUAGCUCUGAUCAAACUUUCUUUCCUCUUCGGCCUUGAUUACCUGCAAGAGUUCAGUUUGGUCGAUCAAUUGGAUAAGUGGGAUCAAUUGCUCGGACAAAAUUGGGAUCUAUAUCUUAUCGGAUUUCUCACGGGAAUGCUUAGUCUCAUUAUAUACUUCCGCAGACCGGAGCCACCUCCCCCACCGAGACCUCCUGUUAACUAAAUUUUGUACUUUUCAUUCUUCAUUUUAUCUCGUAUACAUAUAUGAAUAUACAUAGAUUUUUCUAGACUAAGCUUGGAAAGAAUUUUAUAAGAGAUUCGUAUUUGGGACAUCGUUUUUGAUAAACAUCCUUCCGAUGAUGCAAGUUGAAUAACCUCGAGUUUAAUAUUUCAGUGCGUUAAUAAAUGUAUAUAUCAUAGUAAUUUACUUCUAACUCAGAGAUUAUUCCUAAAUUUGUUGAAAAUUGUACAACGCCAUAACUGAUGAACUGGUGAUUUUCUUUUUAAUAUAAAUUACUUUGAGUUUACUUCGUGCUAAUAUGUGGACUCUAAGCUUAGUUCCUAGUUUGUAAAAUUCCAUUUUAAGCUCAAUGUAUAUCAUGUGAGUAGGGAUAUUGUUCCAUAAAUGAACGGGUUUAUUACAAACAAUUUUAGAGUUCCCUCUUUUUGCAAAAAAAAAAACAAUACGAUAUAUCAUCUGAUUCAUUUAAAUUCAUGAUUAUUAUUUUCUUAUAAGUAUAACAUUGAACUACCUUUGCAAUAAUAUUAUUUUGUGGUAGUUUUGUACAAUUAAAUCACUUAUAUGUAUAGCUUUUUUUCAGUGACGUAUUUGUAAUUAUCACAUUUGUAAUUAUCUUAGAUUACACAUGAUACAUAUUAAAAUAUUUACAAAACAUUGCUGUAAUAUAAAAUACGAAUUAAAAGGUUGUUGAUUAUUUAUCUACUAAAAUUGUUUUAUUGCCAAAGAAUAUGUUACGAUCUUUACGUGCACGAUAUUGCAGUGGCUGUGUAAACAAUUGUAAUUAUGCAAAUAGAUUAGAUUGUACAUAUGUCAAAAUUGAGUGAAAUGGAGAAUGUUAGGAGUAUGCAAGUGUCAUUGGUGCAUAGAAUAUGUGCCAAGUAUUGAUAUUUCUUAUAUUACGUAUUCUUAUUUUACAACUUGUUCUAUUACAUUAUAUGCAGGAUACACCAGAGUUUAUAAUGUAGCUUACAAUAUAUUGCAAUGUAAAUAAAAUCAAAAUACGAAUUUA